AUGAUCUCACCAAUUCGAUUUAAAUCGAUUCUCUAUCUAAUCUUUGUCUUCAUCUUAUUCUCAAUCUUUUAUACAAUCAUCAUCUUAGAUUCAUCAAACAGAAGUUCAUUAACUAAUUAUCUAUCAAACCAUUCAAACUCAAUCAAAUCAUCUAUAAUACCUAAUCGAUUCAAAUGGUCAACUUGGAAUUCAAACGAUUUCAAUCAAUUAGAAGAUCAUCUAUUAAUCAAUCAAACAAACUCAAAUUCAAACUCAACAUCAACAACAGCCACCACCACCACUAACACUAACACUUCAAGCUCGAUCAUCAAUCCAACCUAUCAUCAAAAUGGUUAUUAUCUUUUACCAAACCAAUCUAAAUUCAAAUCACAUCCAAUCCUAUCCUUAAUCGAAAGAUCACAAAAAGAAUGGAAUGAAAAAUUACAACGAAAUUCAAAAAGCUUAGCAGAAUGUAUAACCGAAUAUAAGAGAAGAUAUAAAAGAUCACCACCUUAUGGAUUUGAAAAAUGGUGGGAAUAUGUUAUUAAAUCUAAUGUGAUUUUGAAAGAUGAAUAUGAUCAAAUCGAAAAAGAUUUAAAACCUUUCUUAGCCAUCGAACCGAAUGAUUUGAAUCAUAGAUCUUGGGUCAUGUCAAAUGAAAGACCUGAAACGUUUACUUUAUCGAUUCCAAUCAAAUCAAAUCAAAACGUUACCAUCUCAGGUCCUGAAGCUCAUUUGGUUAGAGCUACUGAUUUGGCUAAUUUGAUUAAUUUGUUUGUGGAUUUGUUACCUUUGGAUGAACAUCAAUCAGUUUAUAAUCUUACAUUUACAAAACAUGAUCAACCGGCUGUUCAAAUGACCUAUUCUCGUAAACAGAAAAUGUUGGAUUUAGCAGAUGCAGGUGAAUAUCUUUCACCAUCAGAUUAUAUUAAACCAAACGAUCCGAAACUAAGUAAUUGGGCAAACGCAUGUUCAACAAGUUCAUCACUCUAUCAUAAUGAAACUCAUCAAAUCACAUCAGAAGAAGAAGAUUUACUUAAAUUACAGAAAUCAUUUAUCUUUGAUCAUCCGGCUGCCAUGGAUCUUUGUCAACAUCCUGAAUCGAAAUCAUUACAUGGUUUUACAAGUGCACCAGGUACAGAUAAUAUUGAACUCGUUCCGCUCUUUACAUUUGCAAAAACUACAACUCAAAAUGAUGUUUUAGUGACUCCACUAGAACAAUUCAGUGAUACAUACAUAGGUGACGAUCCAAGUUGGAAUUCCAAAAAACUCAACAAACUACUCUGGAGAGGAUCUACAACCGGUGCCGAAUUUAUGAAAGGCAUCGAUUGGAAAUCAUCACAACGAUCACGAUUACAUUUCAUAAGUCAUGAAAACAAGAUCACGAACCAACCAGAUCGAUUAAAAGUUUUAGUCGAAGAUUCCAAGACCAAAGAAGUGAAUGUGUUGGAUCGAGAACUUAAAAGGUUAAAUGAUCGGUUCAUGGAUACUAGCUUUAGUGGUGGUCCGGUUCAGUGUGAUCCGGAAACGUGUGAUUAUAUGAGAUCUCAUAUUCAGUUUGCUCAUACGAUGGGAUUAGAUGAAUCUUAUCAAUAUAAAUAUUUAAUCGAUUUAGAUGGUAAUGGUUGGUCAGGUCGGUUUCAUAGGUUAAUGUCAACUAAAUCAUUAGUUCUUAAAUCCACUAUCUUUCCAGAAUGGUAUGCAGAUAGAGUUCAACCUUGGGUACAUUAUGUUCCUAUUAAAGUAGAUUAUUCAGAUUUGUAUGAUGUUAUGGUUUUCUUUUUAGGUGAUGAAAAUCAAGAUCCAAAUUUAAAAGAGAUCAAAAAAGGACACGAUGACUUAGCAGAAAAGAUUGCAACGGAUGGUAAAAGAUGGGCAGCUGAACAUUGGAGAAGAGAAGAUAUGGCUGCUUAUAUGUUUAGAUUGGUUUUGGAAUGGAGAAGGAUCAUGUUACGGGGUCAAGCUGGGGUUAAAUUAGAUUAUGGUGAAUGA